UAUCCUAUAAUGCGGUAGUGGGUCGGUUGCCACGUUUGUAUGCGACUUCUUUACUCGCAAAGCUAACCUCGCCGCGCAUAUUGAGGAACACUCGCUCUUGCCGUUAGGAUUCGCUUUCUCGCGACCCCGAUGGCGGCACCGAGCAAGAGGUGGCUUCCCCUCGAAGCCAAUCCAGAUGUCAUGAACCAGGAACGUCAUCUUUUAUCGGCACGGAAUUCUUUCUAUUUAAUGAUGCUGAUGCAGUUCAUUUGGGGACUUGGUGUUCCCGAGGAGGAGGUGGAGUUUAAUGAUGUCUAUGGUUUGGAUGAGGAGCUUUUGGAGAUGGUUCCAAAGCCCGUCCUCGCGGUGAUGUUUCUUUUCCCUUAUACUGCCCAGAUUGAAGCUGAGAGGAAAGCGGACAGGGAACAAGACUCGACUGAGAAGAAG